AUGAGGUGGUCCUGGAUUGUGGCCCUCGCGACCCUGGGUUUCAUAUAUCCCGCCGAGGCCGGCCUUGCCGAGUUGGCAAACGCAUUGCCUUCAUGUGCUUUGAAAUGCUUUGCAGAGGUGUUGCCGCAGUCAUCAUGCCAGGUUACCGACCAGGUCUGUAUGUGUACCAAUCAGGCGUUCACAGAACAGAUUGAACUCUGCGUAGCAAGCAGCUGCACUAUCCGACAGUCACUCACCACCAAGAAUGUCACCAGCACAGCCUGUGGUGCACCUGUACGAGAUCGCAGCACGGUAAUCACCGUUGCAGGACUCACCGGGGGGGGGAUCGCGCUUUUAGCUUUUCUUCUACGGGUUUUGGCACGGCUUCCUUGUUGUGGAGGCCAGUUUGGAAUGGACGACUGGACUAUGGCUCUAACCAUGUGUUGCAUGAUUCCCCUCUCCGUGCUCUCUUAUCCUUUGGCAAAGAUUGGACUGGGGAAAGAUAUGUGGACGGUUCCAUUCGACAAUAUUACUCACAUCCUCUAUAUCUAUUUCUUCGACGAGUGCCUUUAUCUCACGACAAUCGCCCUGACAAAAAUCUCCAUCCUCUGCUUCUACCUCCGUGUAUUCCCCCGACGCGAGUUUCGCAUUGCCGUAUACGUUGUUAUUGCCGUUAACAUUGCAUAUGUACUUGUAUUUGAUCUUAUCUCGAUAUUUCAGUGCGACCCUGUCAGAGGGGCAUGGGAACGCUGGGACGAUGAAACGGAUUUUAAAUGUCGUAACAUUAACGCACAGGGAUGGAGCGCGGCAGCGAUCAACAUGAUCCUAGAUAUUGUGGUGAUGGGACUGCCUCUACGGGAACUGUAUCAGUUGAACCUAUCCACGCGGAAGAAGGCUUAUGUGAUGCUUAUGUUCAGCUUGGGACUGCUUGUGACUUUGGUCAGUAUACUGCGUCUGGAGUCGUUGAUUACUUUCUCUAACACGCAAAACCUGACAUGUGAGUGCCCUUUUGACGAGUCCCCGCUGAAGCAAAACACCACUAAGACCCCCCUCCGCCCCCCCAAAAAAGGGGAUUAUGUUACUGUCGGAUACUGGAGUACAAUUGAAUGCCAUGUGGGAGUGAUCUGUGCUUGUCUCCCUGCAAUCCGGGCGCUUUUCCGGCGCGUCUGGCCUCGAAUCUUUGGCGAUACAACACUUGCAAAGUCCAAAGCAUCACUAUCCAGGUCGCUAGGAACAGGAUCACGGACGGACGGCCCGGGGCUGGUUUCCUCAAGGCCAAAGCACCCCGAUGAUAGUUUUGUGCCGCUGGUUGACAUGGACAAUGCGAGCCAUUCGAGCCAGUCUCAUUUGACCGGUCCACAGAACCAGGCAUAUACGAGAACCUGGGUUGAAGCUUAG